AUGAGUAUCCGUUCGCAGGUCACCAUACCAACGGAGGGCUGUUUCUUGCUCGCUGAACGGGCCGUAGAUAAAUGUGUGAUUUUCCUGAGAAAGCAGGCCCAAUCUUUAAAUCUUCCAAUAAACAUUUACAAAGUUCGUUCCAAAAAAUCAGUUGUAAUUAUUACUUGGGAAGGAACCAAACCUGAAAAACAUUUCAUUUUAUUAAAUACGCACAUGAACGUUUUGCCCGAAGCUGGACAGGGUGUCAAUUAUACUUUUAUACAAAAAGAUUUGCCUGUAGAAAAUACAAAAUUGGAUGCAAGCAAUAUUUUCUGGCUGGCUUUUAAAAAGACUUGUGAUAAUAAUUGCUUCAAAUUAAAUCCCCAGGUUUUAGCAGGUGCUUCAGAUGCACGCUAUUUAAGAGAACUCGGAAUCCCAGAAUUUGGAUUUUCACCAAUGAAUAAUGCAACACCACUUCUUUAUGAAAAUAAUGAAUAUUUCAAUAGGGAUGUUUUUCUCAAAAGAAUUGAUUAUUGA